CGCCUACUUUUCCAUCUUGAGCCACCUGAAGCGCCCGGACUUUCUUUCCAAAGUUUGACGCCGGAUCGCGCCGGACACUGCAAAGAGCCCUGCUUUUUGAGUUUGAGUUUCGCUCCGUUUUUUAUGUUUCGUUCCGUCAGGAGGCCUCUACUGUCCGAUCUCCUUUUGACGUAGGAAAAGUGUAAUGCAGGCGCUCUUCCUUUCCGUUGGCCUGGCGUUGUUUUUCCUGCUCAACGUCGGAGCCGCGGACCGAUACAGACUCCACCAUGACACAGAAUCUGCCAUGGAAGAAAUGACAAACCUAUUCCACAUCCUUUUUCCCUUGGUGCCGGAACACACCCACUUCUUCUGGAAAACGAAUCAACUUGGAGCAGCGACUGUACACAGGACAAUGCCACCAGUGCUGUCCUCUUCAGACGGAGGCGGACGUAAUUCUGGUAUCUUUCCUUGGCGGCUGCAGAUCGACUUUCGGAAACGGGGCCCGGACUGCAUGAGGAAGUGCAUUACGCAGGGUGUUUUGCACCCGGUCCAAUGUCAUUCCCUUUGUUGAACGGAGUCAUCCCCAGAAGUUCCCUCGGUCAGUAUCGCUUUCUCUAUAAGACGAUUUCAGUAGCCGCUGGAACUAUCUUUGGCAGCGGAUUUUUUUCUCAAAUGGACUCUGAUUAGUCACAAUCCCUAUAUGUUUGUGGAAUAUGGGAUAAUCACACCUUUAGAACAUCAUCUACUCGUCACCUGACCCUUCCAUCUGUUAGUGUGCACCUCUCUCCAAUGGUUUCAUCCUUUAGAGAACAUCAAAGGGGAACGCGAGAUCGAAUCUCUAAAACAUCAAUUUGCAUUCGAUACUCUCAGUGUAUCUCCUUUGUGACAUUCUAGUGUAUGUUUUUGCGUCCCAUCUACAAAGUAUCUGAAAAUUUGUUACUGUUGUUUUGUUUUCAAUGGUGCGCAAGCGCGGAGACGCGCAGUGAU